AUAUAUGUAUAAUAUCACUCGGGUUCAAGUCCAGUGUUCGGACUUUCCUCCUUCAACAAUAUUAUUAUAUCCAUAUAUAUAUGUAAUGAUUAUAAUUGCCAGUUUUCACAUACGUUCUCUCUUUCUGCACCACUCUCUCUCUCUCUCUCUCUCUCUCUCUCUACCCGCUCCCUGUUUUUCUCACUUUUGUAUACUCCUACCUCCCCUUCUCUCUCUCUCCAACACGAAGACCACUCGAUGACAACGGACGACUGGAUGACGGCGGCUCUGGCGGACGAUGCGGUGGUGGCAGAGCUGUUGUUAUCGAUGAAGCAUUCAUCGGAAUCUUACGCACCGCCGCCACUGCUGCUUCCGCCGCUCGGGUGGGGACACCGCCAGCAGCGUUCGAAGCCGUCGGCGAAGAAGGAACGCGACUCCACGAGAUGCAGCCCCACAACGCCGCUCUCUUGGAGCGGCGCCACCGCAUCUCCCAGCGACGGCUGCGACGAGUCCAGCCGGCCCUCCGAUCCCUCCUCCGCCGCCAGAUCCAAGGGUACAUUCACAACGGAAACUCCCAAUAAGAGAUCAAGGAGAAAGAAGACAUUUACUGAACUUAAGGAGGAGGAGAAUUUGCUAUUGAAGGAAAAGAUACACUUGAAGAAGGAAUUAGAAACAUUACAAAUAACACUACGGGAUCAGAAAGCUAGAAGUGAGAACUUGAAGAGGAUUAAGCUUGAUAUGGGCCUGCAACAAACAAAUAAGAUGCUUACAAUAUCAUCAGAUGAACCAGAGGAAGCAAUUUCCAAUCAACCCAAUUUGAUGGAAGCCUCUAGUUUUAACCGUCUUCUAACGUUACCAACACAUUCGACACAAGAUUGUCCCCCAUCAUCUGAUUCCCACAAAGUUCAAAAAGACGUCGAGCCCCAGGAAAGAUGCUUCGUGAUACCCGAUCUAAACAUGACGCCGUCUGAGGAGGAAGAUUCUGGCUUCGACACUUUAUAUUGUUUCAGCUGAGAAGAAAGAGGACUCCAUUGUUUGUCCCCUUUUUCCUGAAGCAAGUGGCUAUGGUAUUAUUAUGUGGCUUCUUGGUUCAAUAAACAGAGUCCAUUGGUCCUGAAUAUGCAUAAUAUGACCUAGGAGCUGUUUGUAAAGUAGAAAUGAAAAUCUUAUUUGUACCUGAGACAAAGUCAUAGAUACAAUGACUCAAAGGUGUAAUUCCUGAGAAUCAUAAGAAUCACCAAGAAAGUUUUGAGGAUAGUACAGAGACGGUAGCGAUUAGACAAGUAGAAAAUUUCAAUGUUAUGCAGGUUUCUUUGUUCCUUCUCCAAAAUUUUCUGGAGUAAGUUCUCUUUACUUCAUUUUAGAAAUAUAUAUAGGCAUAAAUGUGUCUUUAAUUCUUUUGUAAACUACACACACAGUUGUUAUAUCCCUUUGAACUAGUUGAAUCUAAUUUCCACCAA